ACGCUGGUCACCGACAACCUGAAGAAGCAGAAACUGGAAGCUGCUAGCAGAGCUAGCUUGUUGUUCUGGUGUGUGAGGAGAAUAUUUGAGGCUCUGCAGUAAAAAUGUCUUCACUUCAGUCUCUGGGAGAGUUGAUCAGCUAAAGCGACUAACUGCUGCUGUUGCAGAAAUCUUCUCGCCAGGCUGUGGAACCUUUCUUCUCCUCCUCCACAACUUGGUGGAGUUCUUUCCAAAACCAGAGAAGAUAUUCUGCAGUCUUCGUAACAAUCGGAGCUCCAGAAUUAGGUUGUGGGUCAGAAAAGCUUUUCUCUAGACUUCCUGCCCUCUGGAUCUGCUGCUGUUCCUUUGGUCUCUCUGAGAAACGCGCUCGUUUUGCUGCUUUAAUCAGAUUGAAGAGGUUCCCUCUAUCAUACUCGCUCAUCUGAGUUGGUCAUGAUGCAGGAUCGCUGCUCGCUCUCUGAUCCAUCCUGCUCACACUCUCCGAAGGAAAAGCCCCGAAUCGGAGUGUGACUCUGGAGGAAAAAGCGGUUAGCUCUACUCCGUGAACUCUGGUGACUAAAGGUCCGCUUUUCCAGACUGGAUCUGUCCUCAGCUGAUCAGAACCAAAGCGUUAGAUCUUUAAUCUCCUGCGUUGUUCUGAAGCAGCAUCUUAAUCAGCUCUCCUAAUUGUUUCUACUGCAGCUGUUAGCUAAACACGGCUAAAGAAAACCUGCUACCACUUCAGGAUCAUCCAUCAGCUGGGACUGAUUCAUCGUGUGUUCUUCACCACCUGGAUCUGGUCAGCAUGGACACAGCAUUUCAACAGGUGGUGCUGGUUAAAGAAGAAGCUCAAGAAGAACAUAGCGCUGGUGUCAACCAGCAGGACUUAGAUUUUCUCCACAUAAAGGAGGAGGAGGAGAAACUCUGGCCCGGUAUGGAAGGGGUGCAUCUCCAUUUGAAGGAGGAGACUGAUGCUGCCAGGUUUCCAUUCACUGUUGCUUCUAUAAAGAGUGAGGAUGAUGAAGAGAAGCCUCUGUUCUCACAGCUUCAUCAGAAGCAAAUAGAAGACAGAGAUGUUCCAACCAGCAGCUCAGCUGACCAGAUGACAGCAGAAACUGGUGGACUAGAAACUAGCCGGAACCCAGGUCUGAACCCUCAUGAGCUGACUCCUGAUUCUUCAGAGACUGACAUUGGAGAUGAUGAAGAUGAUGGUGCAACUCUAGACUCUGAGCUGUCAGACUCUGGGUCUGAAACUGGAGACCGAGACAAUAACUGGAAUGAGAACAGGUGUUCUGAGUCAGAUUUUAGGACAUUCAACAAAUCCUUUAGUCAUAAGACACUUUUAAACAGUCACACGAGAGCCCACACAGGACAGAAGCCUUUUGCUUGUGAGCUCUGUGGGAAUAGAUUUACCCAAAAGUCACAUUUAAACACACACAUGAGAGUCCACACAGGACAGAAGCAUUUUGCUUGUGAGCUCUGUGGAAAGAAAUUUAGCUUAAAGUCAACUUUAAACAGACACAUGAGAGUCCACACAGGAGAUAAGCCUUUUGCUUGUGAGUUCUGUGGGAAUAGAUUUACCCAAAAGUCGCAUUUAAACACACACAUGAGAGUCCACACAGGACAGAAGCCUUUUGUUUGUGAGCUCUGUGGGAAUAGAUUUACCCAAAAGUCACAUUUAAACAGACACAUGGGAGUCCACACAGGAGGGAAGCCUUUUGCUUGUGAGCUCUGUGGAAAUAGAUUUAGCGAAAAGACUAAUUUAAACAGACACAUGGGAGUUCACAAAUGACAGAAGCCUUUUGCUUGUGAGUUCUGUGGACAACGAUUUAGCUGAAAGAAAACUUUAAACAAUCAUCUAAGCAUCCCCUAGGGCUGAAUGAUUUAUUGCAGGGGUUUCCAACCUUUUUUGGCCCGUGAGCUACUUUUACACGAUGAAAGUACAGCAGAGUUACUGCCAAAUGAUUUAUUUACAUUGAUACUUUCCAUGUGUGAAUGUGCUUAUGUUAAACAUGCUCUACUUACUAUAUUAACAUGCAUUGCAUUCACAAGUUGAUUACUCUGUAUUUCAGUACAUCAGCAUAUAUAUUUUUUUAAAGUAUAAGUAAACUAGUGACAUUCUGAAAACCAGAUUGAACAAAACAUAUUUAGUUUUUGAAACUAAUCAGAUACUUUCAGAUAAUGAAUAACAAAUCUACUUCAUGUGAAUGAUUUGGUAAUUUUUUUAAAAGGUUAGUAACAUAACUUUUUAAGCAAACAGGAACAGCUAACCUGUAAAGCUGAUGAUAUUUUUAAAAGAAGAAGAAGAAAAUAUUUCUAUAGCGCCUCUCAAGAUAAAAAUCACGAGGCGCUUCACAAAAACAAAAAAUGUAAAUAUAUAAAAAGCAUUUAGAAAAUGUUUAAAAAUAUAUUUAAAACGAGCAAAAAUAGGCAAUUGGGAUUUAAAAGAAAAAAUGUUAAGAAAGAGAGAGUGAAUAGGAAAGAGGGAAAUCAGUGGAUCCUGAGGAAGGUGGAAUAGGUGGGGAGAGCAGAAUAAAGAGAGAGGGGUUGAAGAAGGUCAUACAAAAGCCAGCUUGAACAAGUGAGUCUUCAGCUGCUUUUUGAAGGAGACCACUGAGUCCACUGAUCUCAGGCUCAGGGGGAGAGUUCCAGAGUCUGGGGGCCACAGCAGCAAAUGAUCUGUCACCUUUGGUCUUUAGACUGGUGCGCUGCACAGCCAGUAGGCUUUGAUCACUGGACCUCAGGGACCUGCUGGGGGUGUAGGGACUAAGAAGACAACCAAUGUAAGAUGGUGCUUGUCCAUGUAAGGCCCUAAAGACCAGAACCAGGAUCUUGAAAUGAACCCUGAAGUUGACUGGCAGCCAGUGAAGCUGGAGGAGAAGCGGGGUGAUGUGGGUGUAUUUGGAGGACUUCGUCAGAAGCCGAGCACAGGCAUUCUGAACCACCUGUAGACGGUUCAGGGAGGUUCUGCUCAGACACGUGAAAAAAGAGUUACAGUAGUCUAAGCGUGAGGAGAUGAAGGUGUGGAUAACUCUCAAGUUCGGAGCGAGACAGGAUGGGACUCAGCUUAGCAAUGUUCCUGAGAUGGAAGAAGGAAGAGCGAACAAGAAAACUGACAUGAGAGUCCAGGGUGAGAGCUGGGUCAAAGGUCACGCCAAGAUUCCUGACAGAAGGUUUGGUGUGAGAAGCAAGCUGACCAAGAGAGUCUCUGACUUUGGGAACCAGCUUGUCUGGGGCACAGAUGAGGAUCUCAGUCUUAUCUUCAUUCAGCUGAAGAAAGCUCCCAGCCAUCCAGGUUUUGAUAGAGUCUAAGCAGGUGUGUAACAGCUGCAGCUUAGACAUCUCAUGGGGCUUAAAGGAGUUGUACAGUUGGAUGUCAUCUGCAUAAAGAUGGUAGGAGAUUCCUUUGAAGGAGCUCAGGAUGUGCUGACAAGGAAGCAGAUAGAGGAGGAAGAGCAGAGGCCCCAGCACUGAACCUUGUGGGACACCAUGGGUAAGAGAGGUGGUGGAGGACCUAAACUUGGAGACGGCCACAGAAAAGGAGCGCUCAGAGAGAUAAGAGGAGAACCACUCCAGAGCAGAUCCUGAUAGGCCUACCCAGUCUCUCAGCCUCUCCAGUAGCAGGUGAUGGUCAACAGUGUCAAAGGCUGCAGUCAGGUCCAACAGGACCAAAACAGAACAGUCCCCUGCAUCACUGUGAGUCAGAAGGUCAUAAGAAGAGCUGUUUCAGUAGAAUGAGCUCUACGAAAACCUGACUGGAAGCUAUCAUAGAUGUUAUAUUCAUCAAGAGCAGCUGUGAGUUGUUUAGUCACAAACUUUUCCAAGAUCUUGGAGAUGAACGGAAGUUUAGAGAUGGGUCUGAAGCUGCUAUGGAGAGAGGGGUCGAGACUCGGUUUUUUAAGAAGCGGGUGGAUUACAGCAUUCUUAACGUAAGCAGGGACCUGACCAGAAACCAGAGAAGCAUUAAUUAUAGAGAGCACACUGGGACCGAUGGACUGAAAAGCACUUUUAAACAAAGAUGAGGGUAAGAUGUGGAGGGGGCAUGCAGAGGUCUUCAUAGAGUUAACUAGUUUGGUUAACUCAGGCAAAGAAACAGGAGCAAAGCUAUCUAGGAUGAUGGGCCUGGUUGGAGUCGGGAGAGGCAGCGAUAAGGCUCAAGGAGGAGCUAGUUCUAACCUUAUUGACUUUGUCCAGAAAGACAGAAAGUUCUCACAGUCUGCAACAGAGUGGAUGGAGGCUGUAGGAGAGGAAGGAGACACGAUGCUGCUGAUGGUGUUAAACAGCACCUUGGGGUUCCCUUUGAUCUGGGACACCAGGUUGGAGAAAUAGGAAACCCUAGUGUCUCUGACUGCAGAGUUAAAGGAUGACAGAAGAUCCUUUAGGUGCAGCAGAUGGACGUGAAGAUGGGUUUUCUUCCACAAACGCUCAAUUUUUCUGCAUUGGCGCUUCAGGCUGCGAAGGCUGUCAUUAAACCAGGGAGUAGGGUUCAUUGCAGGAACUGAUCUGGUUCUGACAGGACAGAUGUUGUCCAGAAUGGAGAGGCAGUGCUCGUUAAACUGAGAAGUUAAGGAAUCUGGGUCGUUAUCAGAAGAACAGGGUGGAUCAAAAGUAGCAGAAAAAUUGCUAGGUGUGCUCUCAUUAAGAAAACGAGAACUAACCAUACGGCGAGCAGGAGGUGGGGACGCAGAAACUGACAAGUUAAAGUAAAUGCAAUGGUGAUCUGAAAUAUAAACGUCCUCAGGACAAACACUGUCAGCAUUUAGACUCAGGAUAAAAACAAGGUCUAGAGUGUGCCCCCUGGUGUGUGUGGGGCCAGUAACAUGUUGGGUAAAGCCGAAGGUGUCCUUAAGGCUGGAGAAAUUCAUGGCAAAGUGAUCAGAGGGAUCAUGAACGUGGGUGUUAAAGUCACCAGCAAUCACCAGUCUGGACAGCUUCACAGUGGAGGAUAGAAAGUCACCAAACUCCUGAAGGAAAGAAUUGUUUGGACCAGGUGGACCAUAAACCACAACACAGUAGAACGGGUCCUUACGCCCGACUUUAAUCAGCUGCACUUCAAAGGAAGCAAAGUGACCAGAGGUUGUAGAGCUACAUGGAUGAUGGUCUCUGAAAACAACAGCUAGGCGUCCACCACGACCAGAACCCCGGGGCUGGCUAAGAAAAGAAUAACCACUAGGGCAGAGUUUAAUCAAACCAGAAUAAUCAGAUGUUUGCUGCCAAACUUCAGUCAGAAACAGAAAAUCCAGGCUUUUAGAGAGAAUUAGAUCACUGAGCAGGAAGGACUUAUUGUUAACAGAGCAGGAAUUUAAUAGAGCCAUGCUGAGUGAGGUGGAGGAAUCAGAAACAACAGAAACAGCUGGAGUUAGUGGACGUAAAUUAGCAGGGUUAGAUCCACGGUGUUUAUAAAAACCACUUAUGGAGGGAACAGAAGGAGAAACCACUGAGGAAUGUGGAUAAACCGACCUUAAAAAACUUGGACGGAUGAACCGCGUCCCAACGCAGCCUGGCGGGAAUGCGGAAGUGGCGCUCAGGUCACCAAACAAAGGACAAGAAGCUAGAAGAUCGCGCCAAUGUUUACCAGAUAAACCACACUUUAAGAGAAGUCUUAUUCUCACCUGGAUUCCUGCUCGUUUACCUCUUUUCCUCUGACGUUUUCCCGAGACCGGACAAACAUAGCUGGGGGACCGUCGAUUGGUUCCGGGCCAGUGCGCCACUCAGGUAAACAAACAGGAUGGUACGUCCUCGGUGCAUCUUGGGCGAUCGUGAACGAACGGAAGGACAAAAGAGUCUGGCGAUCAUAGGAGAUGGUAGCAGGGACACUACUGAAGAGGAUCGCAGACAGGAGCAAGGUGAAAAAGAGGAGGUUAGUGGAGAAAAGUUUGAAAAAGUGGCCGGUGACUGCGGCUAAGCCAAGCACAGGCGCCAUCUUGUUGCCGACCUGAAGCACAAAAUAAAAUACAAGCUAAAUGUGAUGAAAACUUAAAAGUCUAAAUAGUUUGAAUUGAAGUAAAAAAUGUAAAAUCAGAAAUAAGACUUGUUCCUGCUCUCCUGAUUUACUGAAUAAUUUUUAUGGGUUUUUUUGGUCACGAAAGUUAAGUUUUGCUGCGUUUAUUGCUGACAAUAUUAAGGUUGGAGGUUUAUCCUUUUUUCUGCAUCUUGUAGGUUUUUUUCUCCGCAGGUCUGAAGGCUGUGCGUUACACAGAGCAGAGAGACAGAGAGCAAGAGACCAGAACCAAAAGAAAUGAUCACAUCACACCAAUCUUAAAAUAUUUACAUUGGCUUUCAGUAACUUACAGGGUUGAUUUCAAAGACCUUUUACUUACUUUUAAAUCAUUAAAUGGCCAACGACCUCGUACGUAGCAGAGAUGUUUGAAACGUAUCACCCUACAAAAUCACUUAGGUCAGCAGAUAAAUCCCAACUGGUACAACCCAGAGCCCACACCAAGCAUGGAGAGGCUGCCUUUAGCUGCUAUGCGGUCUGUCUCUGGAACUGUCUUCCAAUAGACAUUAAGACCUCUCCCACCAUUUCCAUUUUUAAAUCCAGAUUAAAAACUAAACUUUUUCAUGAUGCCUUCCAUUAACCUAUCCCUGCAUCUGUGCUCUACUAGGUCUUUAUCUAUGGCGCGGUAUGUUAAAUUUAUUCUAUAUAUACCUAUUCUGUGCUGUUUUAUUGUGUAUUAUUGUGUAAUUAAAACAAAUAGUUGUAAUAAAGUGUAGUUAUUGUGUAAAGCAGUAUAUACUAGGAACGAUUAAUAAAAAUAAAAACUAGGAUUGAACCUGAGUUACAUGGUACUAACAGUUUAAGAACUCAGAAACAAUAAUACACUAACUUACUAAGUAAUUACCAUGUAAGUACUAAGUAAUUAGAGGACUGUUAAAGAAAGUGCUACCAAUAAUUUUUCUUUAUAUGCUUUUAUUUUUGUGUGCUAUGUUCUGUGUCAAUAAUCUUUUGUUUUAUUUUACACAACAUGAUGUGACAUUCUAACUAUUUCAUUUCACUUGUGAUUGUUUUAACUAUGUGAAGCACAUUGGGUUUUGUAUAUGAAAUGGGCUAUAUAAUAAACUUGACUUGAGAGAGUUCACAAUAAUGUUUUGUUACUAAAUGAGACACUCAGCUGAAACUGGGGAACAUAUAUGAUGAAUCCAAAUCACAGGAGAUGUCCAGAGUUUUUAAAGCUCGUGUUUAUCGGGGGGGGGGGGGGCAUGCACAAAGAGGCUACACUCACACCCAGUUCUUGGGACCACAGACAUAUAUAUUGAUUUGGGACUGUUUGUAUGUAAAUAUUGUUGACUGCUUGUCCGCUUGAUCAGAACCAGAGACUUGUGUGUAACAGACCAUCUGGGUGUUCAAGGGGCCGUAUGUGGAGGGCCACACAGAGGCUACGCUCACACCCAGUUCUUGGGACCACAGACAUAUAUAUUGAUUUGGGACUGUUUGUAUGUAAAUAUUGUUGACUGCUUGUCCGCUUGAUCAGAACCAGAGACUUGUGUGUAACAGACCAUCUGGGUGUUCAAGGGGCCGUAUGUGGAGGGCCACACAGAGGCUACGCUCACACCCAGUUCUUUGGACUGUUUGUAUGUAGAUGUAGCAGGACUGGUUGGCGUGUCAACCAGUUGAUCGGCCAGCCUAUCACACAUAUUAAUCAAACCAGCCCACCAUUAAAACAUAUUACAGAUGAAAACAACUCUACUGCUUGUACUAUAAGAUUAAUGCACACAAUUUAAUUUAAGACAUUUAACUGCAUGUGUGCGCGUGUGUGUUUGAACUGAAUGUGUUUGUGCACAUGGUUCACACGUGCGACCAUCAAGAACAAAGUAGAAAUUCACCGAAAGAAAGCAAAUUGAUUACAUAUUAAUUUGGUACAAGUGUGAACCUAGAGCCCCACGACUGUUAUUAUUUUAGGUACGGAGAGUGAUCACGCUAGAUCAAACAAUGGGCUGAGACAAUGUCUUCCUCCAAACUUGAGUUUAUUUACACACAAUGCAUAAAACAAUUUCUUCUAUAUAAAAUAAGGAACAAGACAGUUAAAAACCCCAGAAGGGACUAAUGACACCUUGUGCUGGAGGAGGGAGGCAAAACAACCAGGGCUGUGUAACAUGCAUUUACUUAAUAAACACAGCAAUCAUCAUGCAAACAAGAAAAAGAAUAAAAACAUGCACUAUUAUCCACACCAACUGGUAAUAUGGCUGAGCCCUCUCACGUUUGUGCCCUCCACAGCCAACCUUCUAGUCGUAACAGACCCCCUUUCUAAAAGUCACUCACAUGGGUGGGAGAUGCGCAUGCGCUGACGGCCGAUCACCGGACACAGCAGCGUUUGAAGCUGAUGGCAGCUCGUUAGCAAACAUCCACAAACAAUUUAGAUGCAUUUUUGCCUAAUUUAACUACUGACAACGAAAAAAUAAUCUGGUAAGUAUAACUCGCUCAAUCUGGAGGUAAGUGAAGGAAAUUUAGAAAGUUUCUUAAAUUAUAUUGACAACGUUUUUGAAGUUUUCGUCAUGGGUCCGAAGAAAUCAGCAGCUGAGGCUGAAACACCUGGGAUCGAGAGGACCCGUCCUCAGGACUCGCCUGAGGCCUCAUCUCCCCGGAAGGAUGUAUUAGAAUUAUUAGAUCCUAUUGAAAAACGGCUUCUGGGAUUUGAGGGGCGUCUUCAUCUGCUUGAGGUUCUACACCAGGAGUUUCAGAACCUCCGAACAUCUCUGGAGUUCAGCCAAGAGCAGGUUGAGCGGCUCGCUGAUGAGAACGCGUCUCUGCGGGAGUCCGUUUCUUCCCUGGAAGAGGGAAUGACGCGGAUCACCCAGGACAACAAAACUCUGAAGGAGACGGUUUUGGACCUUCAGGCCCGUAGCAUGAGGGAUAAUCUGGUGUUCGCAGGCCUGCCGGAGCAGGCGGGAGGGGCAGAGAACUGCGAGCAUACAAUCAAGAACUUUCUCCAGACCCAAAUGAAGAUACCCGAAGAAACGGUAAAAAAAAUCACCUUUCACCGGGUACAUCGCCUUGGAGCUAAAAGAGGGGACAGCAGAAGACCUCGUCCCAUCGUGGCUAAAUUUGAACAUUUUAAGCAGAAGAAUCUUGUUAAAAGUCACGGAAGAGAGCUCAAAGGGAAAGAUUUCAGCGUUAAUGAUCAGUUCCCGAAGGAACUUCUGGAUCGCCGCAGAGUCCUCUUUCCACUGCGCAAAAAGUUUAUCCAGGAUGGGAAGAGAGCUGUCAUCUCGGUGGAUAAGCUUUAUGUGGACAAUAAGCUUUACAAGGAGCAAGGAGUGACUGACUGGCUGUAUUAGCUCAACAUCAGGUCAGACAUUUUUGCUUCUGUACCUUUACACCUGUAUGGCACAACCACACAACUUUUCAGCACUGCAUCAGACUACACACACACACACACACACACACACACACACACACACAAACACACACACACACACACACACACACACACACACACAGAUAUUAAAUUCACAGCACAAUAUCAUAAUUUAUGCGUCAAAUAAUACAACCACAAACACUGUUGGAUCUUUAUUAUU